UUUGAAUUCAACUUCUGAACGAGUGCAGGCAUGCUUGGGGCUGCUUGAAGUGGCAGUAUUAACCAUGGUCACCGGAUCCAAAUUUGGAAUGAGAGGACUCGAAACGAGAAGUCGUCAUUACGUCACUAAUCUCUCCUUUUCCACCAUCUUUUGCUCUGACUUUACCCAUCCACAAUUCUCCCUGCAAUAUACUACAUAUGCACAAAUGGUAAUAAGGAAAGGCACAGCCAGUUCAUCAAAUAUAAGUGGUGGUGCAGGUGCUGUCGACAAGAAAAGCAAAAAGAAGGCACCUGAGCACUCGAAGGCGGAAGCACACAACCGAAGAUAACGGGACGGUAUAUUUUAUGAACCUGGACCUCGGUCGCAAGAUGGCCGAACAUGCCGUCGGACCUAUGCCGGUCGACGAAUUUAUCAAGCUCAUACCCGAAUGUCCUUCUCACCCUGAUGCAGUAAUGCCGGAUAGUCGCGACGCGUUCAGCAAAGUUCCAAAGUGUGAGGGCGAGGAUUUCAAGAAUAAGUGCUCGCUCUAUGACCCAAUUAAUGAGGCUUUCAAUUCCACGCGCAAAACCUCGCAAGGCAGGAUGAUUCGUUGUCCGGGCAUUACCUUUUACAACACUUCCGUCCAGCCGGGACCUGGCAAAUAUCCAACCAAGGUUGAUGGUAGCGGAUAUGCUCAAGAGCACCUCGAGUUCGUGAAAGACGCAGGGACUUCGGUUAUUCUUUCUCGUCCGAGCUUCUGGCAGCUUUUCUGGGAGGCCAAAAUGACUGACUUUGCUGGUGAAAACGGAGUUCUAUUCGAACACAUUACCGACGAGAAGAAGGAGCGUGUUAUUGCUGAUUUUGGUCAGACAUCAUUCUAUGCAGUACAAAUGCUGGCGAACCAGUAUCGCGAUUUUGCUUUUUCAAUCUCGAUGACCGAUGAUACUGCACGAUUACUCCGAUGGGAUCGCUCGGGUGUUAUCUUCUCUGAGGCUAUUCAUUAUCGCAAGAACCCCAAACCUCUCUGCCAGUUCCUUUGGCGUUUUGGAAAUGCCAAUUCAUUGCAGCGUGGUGCGGACAUGUCUGUACAACAGGUCGUUACGGAAGUCGAGGAGGUGCUCUUUCGAGAUACUGUGAAGGCGCACGUCAAACUACAGCUCGGGUUGACUGACGAGAAAGAGGUGGAUAAAGCGCUAGAAAAGCAUUAUGAACCUGGUCAGGUCUGUAUAGUCGAGGUAUUCGAACAUCGGGAGGACCAGUCGCUUUCGUCAUCGUCGAAAUCUCGAAGUCAGGAGCAGGAGCAAGCUCGCGCAGAGACUCGCAAAUUCCUGGUGUCUCGACCAGUAACCUCACCAUGCUCACUGGCCUCGCGUUCUACUCGUGGGUCCUGGGCUGUCGAUCUACAGACCAAAACCAUUGUCUUCUUGAAAGACUGUUGGCGUGCCAAGGUCGAAGCGGUAGAUAUGGAAGGUUUGACGCUCCAGAAUCUUCGAGCAAGCGGUGUGGAUGUAGGGGUGCCGACGGUUGUUUGCCAUGGUGAUGUCUUAGUCUAUGUCGAGAGCCAUGCCAAAAUGGCGGUUUCCUCAACAUUGACAUCGAAGUAUACUGAGGAUAGUUGGAAUAAGGCUUCGAGGAGUGUUAGGUCCCGAACCCAUUAUAGAAUGGUUACUGCUGAGGUGGGCUAUGCACUGCAGGAGACCUUCGCUGGGACGCGGGAGCUUAUCAGUGGCUUGCCAGGAUGUGUUCCAUGGUCUGUUACCAUUUAUCUUCUCAUUCUUCUCUAUAAUGAACUUCAUUCAGUGUUAUACAAUGCAAUAACACUGGCGAAUGUUAUGCAUCGAGAUAUCUCAUCGACUAAUAUCAUUCUCGUUGCUGACAAGAUACACAACUUUGGAAAGCGGGUCGCAUAUGUAAUCGAUUGGGAGUUCGCCGUAGCAGCCAGUCGACAGGGAAAACAUGAGGACUGGUGGAAAACGGGCACGGUUCCUUUUAUGUGCAUUAGCUCUUUACCAAGUAUGCCAGGUGUAGAGGGCCAUCACACCCACUUCUUCGGUUAUGACGUGGAGUCACUCGUCUACGUGGCUCUGUAUUGUGGAUUAUACCGCCUACCGUGGAAAAGCUACUCAGGAGAACCGUCACCAGUUCUUUCUGCAAAACCUCUUUAAUUAUGACACAGGCAUGUGCUUUCAAGUGGCAACUCGUGACACGGAAGAAUGAUGAGCUUGUGGGCUGUUUUUGAAGGACCGGAGUUCUGCAAGUGGUUCAAGGCGGCUUUGAACCUUAUUUCUAUGUGGUACCCUACCCCCAAGUCACUUCCUUCUCCUCAAGCUAUCCUUACUGAAUUUUCGAAAACUGUUGAAGUGAAUCCGGCAUCUUUGGACGAACGUGAUGCUGUCCCUCGCAAAAUGCCUAUCCGAGGUCUCCCAAUAGGAGCUGUUAACUACGAUACGCGAUCCUCCUUACCGGAAACUCCAGAGACUUCGAAAGAACCAUUGCGCAGGUUACGCAACCGUGUAGUCGACUCGUCACCAUCUGAAGGAGCACCGAGGCGUGGGAGGAUUCUGAGAGGGCGAGGCCAGCCGCAGGGCU